GCACAGACGACGACCAACCUCAUCCUCCAUCCCUACACAGAAAGGUGCUUGCUGCUCCCUUCUGCAGGUCCACUCGUAGCGUCUAAAGGCGAGUUCGAUUAUGGGUCAAUCCCUUUUCGACAUCAACAAGGCAGCUGCGCUCCGCGACUACAGUGUAGAGCCUCGCAUUCAGUACAACACCAUCACCGGUGUCAAUGGACCCCUCGUGGUGCUGGACAAUGUCAAAUUCCCGCGCUACAACGAGAUUGUCAGUCUCACCUUGAACGAUGGCACCAAGCGCCAGGGACAGAUCCUUGAGGUCCAGGGAUCCAAGGCGAUCGUACAGGUAUUUGAAGGUACGAGUGGAAUCACAACAGAUAAGACCAAUGUUGAAUUCACUGGAUCAUCUCUGCGUAUUCCUGUGUCUGAAGACAUGCUUGGUCGUGUCUUCAACGGCUCUGGAGCCCCAAUCGAUAACGGCCCCAAAGUUUUCGCUGAAGACUAUCUUGACAUCAACGGUUCUCCCAUUAACCCCUAUUCCCGUGUUUACCCAGAAGAGAUGAUUCAGACUGGUAUAUCCUCUAUCGACGUAAACAACUCGAUCGCUCGUGGUCAGAAGAUCCCUUUGUUCAGUUCAUCUGGACUGCCCCACAACCAGAUCGCCGCACAAAUUUGCCGUCAGGCUGGUCUCGUAAACAAGGGAGGAAAUUCGCACACUCAGUCUCAUGGCGGCACCAACAAAGGUGUCCAAGAUGACCACGAAGACAACUUUUCGAUAGUAUUUGCUGCAAUGGGUGUCAAUAUGGAGACUGCGAGAUUCUUCAAACAAGAUUUCGAGGAAAACGGUUCUUUGGAGAAGGUCACCCUAUUCUUGAACUUGGCAAAUGACCCAACAAUCGAAAGAAUUAUCACACCGAGACUGGCGCUCACCACUGCGGAGUACUAUGCCUACCAAACGGAGAAGCACGUUCUCGUCAUUCUGACAGACAUGUCAUCUUACGCAGAUGCUUUGCGAGAAGUGUCCGCUGCUCGUGAGGAAGUUCCAGGUCGCAGAGGGUACCCUGGAUACAUGUACACAGAUCUCUCGACCAUUUAUGAGCGUGCUGGUAGAGUGGAGGGCCGCAAUGGCUCUAUCACCCAGAUUCCCAUUCUGACAAUGCCGAACGACGACAUUACACAUCCCAUCCCAGACUUGACAGGCUACAUUACUGAAGGUCAAAUUUUCAUUGACAGAGCACUCAACAACAAGCAGAUCUAUCCGCCGAUUAAUAUCUUGCCGUCGCUUUCGCGACUCAUGAAGUCUGCAAUUGGCGAGGGCAUGACACGGGCGGAUCACGGUGAAGUGUCUGCUCAGCUCUAUGCAAAGUAUGCUGUAGGUCGCGAUGCCGCAAGUAUGAAAGCUGUCGUUGGUGAGGAGGCCCUUUCUCAAGAUGAUAAGCUCUCGCUCGAAUUCCUGGACAAAUUUGAGAAGCAAUUCAUCACGCAGGGCUCCUACGAAGCUCGAACUAUCGAAGAAUCCCUCGACAUCGCUUGGGGCUUGCUGCGCAUUUUCCCUCGCGAGAAUCUCAACAGAAUCAGCAGCAAGACACUUGACAAGUACUACUCAAGGUCGGGAAGUAAGGACACGCGAGACAACGACAAAAACGUCAAUGGUCGUGAAUAGCUUUUAGUGGUAAUGAUUGCCUCCGUAGAAUACGUCCUGACACAGCAUACGAGAUAAGACUACCCUGACGUU